AUGGGAGAAAAUAAAAUCAACUCCAUGAUGAAAAAUAUCAUCUCCCAAACCACCCUUCAGUCAUCCGAGAAGCGGUUUACCAAUCACAGUGCCCUCAAAACGCUCCUUGGCAAGAUGAAGAAAGCAAAUCUCGAGAGGUCAUCCAUUGCAAAAGUCACCGGUCACAGAAAUAUUCAGUCUUUAGAUGACUACGAUGAAGCCGACGAAGACGAACAGCGACAGCUUUCGUGGGCUUUCUCAAAGGGAAAUAGUACACCAAAACCCGUGCUGGUGGCGGGUAGUUCAUCUGGUCCUUGUGUUUCAAAUGCAGUAAUUCCACACAUGAUGAACUCUCAAGCGCAGAAUCUGAUGAAUUCCUUCACUAACUGCACUGUCACAUUCAACCUCAACAACAAGGCCUCGCCUGAUAAACCUCGCAAACGACGAUUUCAUUUCAUCGAAAGUGAUUCGGACACAGACUGAACAAUUCCUUGAACUGUUUGGUCGGACUUUGAACUUUUUUGCGCCUUAAAGAUGUGAAAAUUUCAUUUUAUCUUAUUGUUUUGAUCGUACGCGGUUGUUUUGACCGAACGCACAAUGUCACACUUCACACACACUUUUCACAAUUUUAUUUUUCAUUUUCUUACUUAUCAUAAGAUAUUCCUUUGACCCGCGGAUAGCAAAUGCUAAUCGAGGCGGGUCAAAUUUGUUUAUUUAUUUAUUUAUUUUUUUACUGACUUCAUUUAAUUACACUGGAAAUAAAACGAAGAUGAAGAAACACAAAAGUAAACAUAUCCUCGUUAUCUCCUUUACCGAUUGCAGAAACCUUCUUAAAGAAUUUUCAGCUACAUCUCAGCACUCAAUUCCUAGCAGUCUCUAAAGUAAUUACCGUCGUGGUCUCUAUUGAUGCAAUCAUUUGUUUCACAACGAGUACAACCGUGUACAAGACAAACAUUCACUUCAAUUACACUUAUAUGUUGACUUUUUUCCACAAGAAAAUGAACCAUCUCACCGAAAUGACGCGUUCUUUAGAACAACGCAGACAUGAAGCGUUCAGCGUCCUAACACACUGCCCAAUUACUAGGAUGACGUGUAUACUUUCAUCUUCGGUUUUUAAUCGCACUCGUUAAUAGCUACGAGUACAUUUAUAAUUAGGAAGUACUGAACAUAAUCAAAGUAGAAGAUUGCUCAAAUAUUGAAAUAAACUUUUAAGGCCUCUUAAUUCAAUUGGAGA